AGUAGACAGACAGACAGGUUGAAGCUUUGCUUUGUCAAGUGCAAAUGUCAGUUGAGAAAAUUAUUGUGUUGUUCUGCGUCUCUUGAUUACCAAAAAUUAACAGUUUAAAUUUAUUGUACGAGUUUUAUAAACCACCAAAAUGAAAGAAGAAUCUGUAACACAUUCCCCUAAGCCGAUCCUUCACGUCCUUGUUGUUGGAUUUCAUCACAAAAAAGGAUGCCAGAUUGAGUAUUCUUAUCCACCGCUGAAUGAGGGAGAAAGUGACAGUGAAUGUCCGUCAGGGUGGAAGUAUCUCCCAACGUUAGCUCUGCCAGACGGAUCACACAAUUAUGACGAUGACACAGUUUACUUCCACUUACCAAGCCUCACAGAUCCUGAUCAGACUGUAUAUGGAAUCUCUUGUUUUCGUCAGAUACCAGUUGAGAAAAUUAAGAACCGCACAGCAGAUAUCACCCGAGGUACUGUCCAGAAAUCUGUGUGCGUCCUUAGUUCUGUCCCUUUGUACGGCCAGAUUCAGGUCAAGAUGUCCCUCAUUACACAUGCUUACUUCGAGGAAGGCGAUUUUACCAAGGUUUCCAUGCUGGUAGAGGCCUACAAUAACCUCAAUACCUGCCUGCUACAAAUACCAGAUGUUUCAGCUGCACCUCAAAUAUUUGUUGGUUUAUCAGCCAGAGACCUGGUGCAGCAGUUUCGCCACAAGACUCUGUUGCUGUUCAAGCUGUUGCUGCUAGAGCGACGUGUAGUGUUCUACAGAUCCCCUGUAGAGCCUCUGUGUACCACCAUUCUCUCCCUGCUGUCCCUACACCCCCACAUGAUAGAGAAGGGCUUGCACCACUGUGCUUGCAUCAGACCAUCAAGGCCCAUGUCACCCGUUCCUCAUUAUGCACCAGAACCCGCACAGAUAAUCAUAGAGGACAGUGAAAAGAAAUGCCAAAUGGACCAGGAUAUUAUAAAGGAGCCUGAUAAGGAGGAACUAGACGUUAACUUAGAGUCUACCUGCCAACAAAACAUUCAGAGUGUUCCUUCCAAUGUGAGUAUAGUGGUGAGCAGAGAUGAAGAUCUCAACGGGGUCGACCUGUGCGAGGAGAUGGACUGUGAUCCGGAGAAAUAUGGUGCAGAAGUAACGAGUGAUUAUGUGACGAACGGUGACGACGUUGAUGGUGUUCUGAACGGUGACAAGUCCCCCAGUGAUUUGAGCCAGACUGAAUCACAUUUGCCGAGAGACACAAGUAUGGACACACUCGGGGAAGCGACUGUGUCGAGUUUCCUUGCCAAUGUUGCACAGGUGGAUGCUGAAGCAUGCGGCUGCCCUUUACAAGUCUUUGAUGAUGGUUAUCUCUGCCUACCUUACCUCUCUCUGCCUUACAUGGAUGUGCUGAUGGACCAGAAUGUCAGGGGCUACUUUGUAGGAGCUACCAAUGUGCUGUUUAAACAGAAGAAGAAACUGGCGGAGGUCUUGGUGGAGGUAGAGACAGGUCGUGUAGAGACUAGUGACUUGGAGCUGAGAAGACUACUGCAUCUGUCUACUGAGGAUCUGAGGUUUGCUGACUACCUGGUGAGACAUGUGGCUGAGGAGAAACAUGAUGUCUUUGUCGACGGUGUUGGCUGGGAAGGAGGUGACGAGUGGAUCAGGGCUCAGUUCAGAGCAUAUACUCUUUGCCUGCUACGCACAUCUUUACUUCAAGAGGGUAGUCGGGAGCUGGACCACUUCAAUGCUGCAUUUGUGUCAGCCUGGAAGCAUACACACAACUACACCACGUGGGUCGACGGUGGUGGUCGUGAUGCAGUGCUUAAUAUCAACCCUGGACACCCCUUUGCUGGCCAGCUCUCAGUGGCCGACAUGAAGCUCCGAUUGACCCACACCAUGCAGAACACUGAGGGAGGUCGCAAGCUGAACCAAGCCAUGGUAUCUACAGGCAAAGCAGUUGUCACCACUGGUCGGGCAGUGGGAGGAGCAAUAUCGCAAGCAAAGGGUGCGUUGAGCAGUUGGUGGAGCAAUCUGACAACAACGCCAGGAGCAGAAGUUGCGGAACCUGCUGCGGAAGUUGAGCCUGCUGCGGGUCAAGUCUACGAAGUGUAGCUGCGUAAUCAAGCACUGUUACAUGUGUAGAAGUUGGUGUUCCUAGAUAAUCAUAUAUGUAAUAUAAUUUCUACUGUAUUUGUUUGUGUAAAUACUAAUGUUUGUUACAGGACCUCUUGUGUACAAAUGUGAACCAGCUACAAUUAAUGUUACAUUUGACUAAAGAACGGUGUGACUGUCAUAGUUAGUAAUCAAUUGGUUCUCUGUAGUAUAUACAACUUCUUGAAAGGAAAUACUCUCUUUAUUUAGUAAUAUCACAUUUAACAUUUUAUUUUGAGAUGUAAAUGUGAUCUAUGUUAAAUUUUUUCACCGCAGCACUCAUCAUUUCUUCAUUCUGAUGUUUACAAAGGUUUUGUUAUUGGUUUGUUCAGUCAAAUAAUUCAUCAUAAUUUAUUAAUAUUGUGUUACAUCAUUUCUAAAAACCUAUUUACGUGUUUCAUAAUCAUAUAAAAAACACUGUUUUAUUUUUAGCGGAGGAAAGUUUUUAUGUUGUUUGAUGGUCUUGAAACUAUUCCGCCUUGUUAUUUAAAUUUAUAAUGCAUAUCAAGUUAAAUGUUGACCAAAUUAUUUAAGUACCUAUAUCAGUGUUUUAGGUGAUUUUAUUAAGCUUACAAAACAAUUUGUUCAAAGCUGGGAUAAAAAUGUGCAAUACUAAUCAUAAAUUAACCAUCAACCUUUAUGGAUGAAAAAUGUUGCACUAAACGCUUCAGAGAAUAAGUGUUACUGGAUGUUCUUGCUCUGUUAGUACCAUUUGAGUGUCACAGGCAAACGGUUUAGGUUUUAUUUGUCUACGAGGCUGUAUUUUUAGGAGUGGUUCACUCGUAUAGUCCUUAAAAAUUACCGUUACUCUCAACUACGACUAAACCUAAGCGUCAGCCUGUGGUGCUUAAAAGUAUUAAUAUUAUUUUUAUCAUAAAUUUCCAGUAUACUCAUUAAAUUAAUUAUAAUAUUUUAUCUUAUGCAAAUAAUGCUAUAACAAUUAAGAGAAAACAAAAUAUUUAUUUGUGUAUAUUAUGUCUAGUAUUUCAUGUACCAUUGCUUGUAAUCAUUUUUAUACUUUGUGAUAUUUGUUUAUAGUUUGUACAUAUAUUUUAGUUAUAUAUAAAGACAGGCUGGUUCUGCACUUUUGUUCGUAAACCUGAUACAGUAAUUUUUAUGUUGACUUUGUUUUAACUUUGGAAAAUGCUUAAAGGAUAUACGUCUACUCUUUAUAGAUUGUCUGCUGUUUGUAAAUAAAAAUUUAUUGGUGACAAGCCAGUGCUACCUCCAGUUAACUAUAUAUUACCUGGUUGCUGUCCUUUACCUCCAGUUGUAUUUCUAGCUCAGUGGUAUUCCUCUUGUUUAGGUAUUGUUCUAUUGUUGUUAGACAAAUGAUACUUUUGUAACAGGUUACGUACCUUGACGUCCACAAUUCCUCUGUCGAACUUAUGUUGACUAGUUUCAACUAUUGAGUAGUCGAAACAGAACGUUAAAAUAUUUCAUUCAUUGAAUGUCGUCAAAUCUUCUUAAAUACAUUGAACACAAACACAACACGAACACGGUAGACAUUUAACACAUUUGGCCAGCUGGCGCACGUCACUUGAGUCGAAACUAGUCAACAGAAUUUUGACAGGAAUGUGGACAUCAAGGCACGUAACCUGUUAUAAUUGAUUACCAAUUCCGGAAGGCUUCAACAUGAAUAAAAUGUUACUUUUGGUUUAUCAAGCCAUUAGUAUCAUGUAUCCUUAGACAGUCAGAACAAUUGGAUCAGCCUGAUCUUGACAUAAUUUUAAAUGCAGUAGAAUUCUGACUAUCUUUUCGUAUAAUUGUGACUGGGGUACAUACCAGGACAAGAUAGUUAGAGUUCUAAUGUUGGAUUAUUUAUUUAUAACUUUUUCCAAAGGCUCAUCUAUAUAAAAUUGUGAUUUUGAUUACCUACCUACUUAAUUCUACAUGUAUGUUUAAGUUUUUAUGAUGUGAAAGGAGAUACUGUAAUAUCUAUUUACUGACAAUAAAGCUAGCUAGCAAUGAAGAAGAUUUAUUUUGUUUUGAGUUUAUAUCUGAAUCUGUUGUUCUUCUGUACGAAUUAUACGUGGGAAAAUAUGCUAUCAGUAUGACCCACAAGGUAACACCUAAGCCUGGGACCAUCAAAGAAGUUCAUUUUGUUAAAUCCUUGAUAACAGUUUUAAGGUUCGUUUCAAUCAUGUUGUAUAUGUUAGAAUAAUAGUUCAUUCAAACAUAUUUUAAUCUAUUUAACUUCUGUACUGCACAAUGUGAAAACUUUCUGUUUAGUACUGAUUUGUGUAAAAAAUGCUUUUUAAUACAGAUAUUGAAAUGUGGGCCCAGUCUCUGUAUUAAUGUUUUAAUUAGGUUAUUUAAAUGAGUACUGUUAUUGUGUUCAAACUUUUAUACAAUUUUGGUUUAUUUAAUUUUAAUCUUUAAAUUGUUAAUGGAAUCAUAUUUAGUUUUUACACUCUAAUGAACUAUUUAUUUACAGAAAGAUACUUUGUUAUUAAUCAUGGUGUUGAUUUUAUUUCAACUGUUUAAAAAAACCAUAUCGUUAAAAAUAAAA